GGAGGCGCUAUUUUCUCAUAAUGAUCGGAAUAGACCAAAGAGAGGUUUUCUCGACUACGACCUCUGGGCUUUACGCAUGGACUUCUGUCAUUCCUGAUGGAUAUUUUAAUUGGUUUACUUGCAUAUAUAAAGUUUUAAUGUCUGUGUUGCUUUUCUGGCUUGACGGAUACCAACCAGCAUGCGAGGAGCGUCACUUCAUGCACACGCACUUCUCGUACGUGUCUGGAUUUAUUGUCAUCUGCUCAACUUCUAAAUGCUUACUGGACUCCCAUUAGGCUGUGGCCUUAAGAGGGAGAGCUGGAAGUAUGGGAACUCAGAAGUCCCAAGGCCAGGUUCUAGCAACAUCUUCUCGCCAGCGCUUGCCGCGCUUUGGACUACGCUCCCGAAGGAAGAAGGAGGGCGUGAUCCAGGGUAAGCUGCGCAUCCGCUCCAUACCUGGGGCAUUCCUGGUUCUGGGCAUGGUAGUAGUGCUUGUUGGCACUGCGCUGGCAGUGGCAGGCUACUGGCCAUACCGGGUACAGCAUUCGGCAGUGGGUGCAAUGGGUGAUGGCCUCUCAGCCUCUCAGGCAUCUGGAUGGAGUCUAGGAGCCAAAGGACUAUUCUCCACAGCCAGUCUGAUCCACAGUGAGAGGAUGAAACUCUUGGGCCCUGUUAUAAUGGGAGUGGGACUCUUCAUACUCAUUUGUGCUAAUACAGUGUUGUAUGAGAACCGAGACAGGGAGACUCAGAUGCUUCUGGCUCAGAUGCGGAGCGUGAUCUGUUCUGUGUCCACUGCUGUGCCCUCGGCUGACCUUACACAGCUAAACUCACUGGCCAGGCAAUACCAGUGGGUUCGCAGCCUGCCUGCAGCCCACCUGAAUAUCCUGUGCCUUCAAGAGCUAGCUUCUUCUGAGCCCUUGCUACAGGUCAAGACCACAGAGGAAGAGGGGGGUUUGCAGCAAACAAAAGUGCUGCACACUGAAGUCCUUCAUCAUCAAGAGUCGUCUGUCUAUUCUUCCAACUCCUGCAACUCCAGCAAAUUAGACUUCAACUCUCUGCACAGUGCAGAACAUGGAGCCAGCUUUGGCCUGGAGCCUCAGCCUGAGUACCACUGUAAACUCAGCAACUUCCUGACCACGUCCUCUAUGUCCACCCUGGAAGGGGAGGACUUAGAGUUAACCAUGGUUCCUCCUAGGCGUUCCCACAGUAUGACCUAUAGGACUAACCCACACACAGUGCCCAAGGCUCUGGUUCAUUUGGAGAACAGGGCUGUAAAGUCUGUGGUUCACCCCAGACAUCUCAUACGACAGCGUAGCUCAGAGGUUUGCAUGAAUAUGCCAAGUGUGAGUGCAGUGACCCUUGACCUUGCACCUGUGGAGGAGCAGAGGCACCGUAGUUGGCCUUGGCUUGACCUUGGAUAUUCCAGGAGGUAUCUCAAACUAGAAAACAAGGAGGACUCUGUGGACAAGUUACUAGAUCAGCUUGAACAGCAGUGCUCACAAUUGGAUCAAAACUUUGGUUCAGGACCUUUCCAAUGAGCACAGGUCUAACAAUAUGCCCAAUCCCAGUUGUUUUGGUAAAUUUCAAGGUCAUGAGCUGAUUCAAGGUUAGAAGCUGAUAUACUGAAAGGGAAUAAUCUAACAUGAAAAUUCUCUUAAUCUUUAGCGAUUUAUGAAGUUCCCUUCUGACCAUAAGAACUACUUGUUUCUCUGUCACAGCUUGAUAUCAUGUUUGGCUUGAUUCUUUUGGUUGUUCUGAGAUGCAGUAGACAUGCAAAUCUAAAAGUAAUUAACAUUUUUCAACACAGUUCCUUUUGCCCUUGAUGACAUGGGUAUAUAAAUACACAACAACUGAAUAAAACACCAGUUGUUUUGUUUGAUAAAAAUGUUUUUAAAACUGAAAACAUGAUACAUAGCCUGUGUUGUCAUAGAUGAUUGGAAGAAUUGGCUUAUUUGUGUCUGAGUGGUCAGUUUAGUUUGGCAGUAAUAAAGGAAUAUAUUUGCUAUUGUGGCAAAUGUUCUGUUUGUUUCCAGGACCUUAUACACAGCGUUUUUGAAAAGGAAAAGCAGUAUGAAGGACAAUUUGUGUUGUAUUAAUCUUAAGAUUCCAAUUUUGGAAUAAGGAUUUGCCCUCAAUUUGUGAUCAGACAUUUACUCUAUAAAUAAAACAAACAUUGAUUGUUUAAAAACAAACAGAAAGAAAUCACUCUUCUAUUUGCUAAAUUGUAUUACAGAUUGUUUCUUCUUAUCCCAUGUUUUUAUUUAGUCUUGGUUCUCUGGAACAUUCCACAGACUUAUCCCACAUUCCACUCCACACACCAGUGGUAGAAGAGAAUUAUAGACCAUGAAAAGGUGAUAAAUGUUGUUGCAUGCAGUAAUGCUGGGACAUGCUUACAUUUUCCCUUUAGAAAGCAGAACUGAAUUAAUCUCUCAUACAUACAGAAGGAAGGUCUAGUUCUACUGGGUUUACUGAAACACGAUGGUCUCUCUGUCUCUAUUAUGUUUCCUGUUUUGUAUGCUGUGUGUGACAAUUUGUGCUCUAAAUGUACACUGAGCAAAUAUCUCCAUUUUAUUGGGUAGGCUGCUUACUUCCACCAUUAAACUGA